AUGGCAUUCACGCAAGCUGCAAACCUGGUCGAGAAAGCAGUCGGCCAUGGCGAUAAUGCCUCGAUCCAUACUGACAUCAGCAACUAUCAAAAUGAAUAUGGCAUGGAAACCGGAGAAAAGGUCCUAGCUACGACAUGGCAGGGCAAAAACACCGUCAAACUAGUGGAAAUGCCAAAGCCGAGGGUCGUUGAUCCAGGCGAUGUGAUCGUCAGGGUGACAGGCAGCACGCUUUGUGGAAGUGAUCUGCAUUUGUAUCAUGGGGUUAUUCCGCAGCUCCAGAAGGGCGAUGUCUUAGGACACGAGUGCUGCGGUGUCGUCGAGAGAACUGGCCCCGAAGCAACCCAAGUCAAUAUCGGUGAUCGAGUAGUCGUCUCUUUCCCAAUCGCUUGUGGCGACUGCGAGAAUUGUCGAAACGAAUUAUAUUCUCAGUGUGACCGGACAAACUCGAAUAUGAUUGAGAAUGCGAUGUACGGGAAGCGCACAGCGGGUAUGUUCGGGUACUCGCACUUUACUGGUGGAUUUGCUGGUGGCCAGGCGGAGUACCUUCGAGUUCCCCACGGCAAUGUCAAUCUUCUCCCUAUUCCUGCCGAAGUUCCUGAUGAGAAGGCACUUUAUCUAUCGGACGUGAUUGCUACUUCCUGGCAUUGCGUGGUAGAUACUGGUGUCAAGCAGGGAGACGUGGUAGGGAUCUGGGGAGGUGGGCCAAUUGGGCAAAUGUGCGCUCAAUUCAGCUUCUACCAUGGGGCUAGUCGGGUGAUCUUGAUUGAUGGUGGCGACGCUGCGUGGAGAUUGGACUUCGUCAAGAAAAAGCUGCCUAAGCUUGAAACGAUCAAUUUUACCCAGCUACCCCGAGGAGAGUCGGUCACAUCCCAAGUGAAGAAACUCGUUCCUAGUGGACUUGAUGUUGCUCUUGAGUGUGCCGCUGGUGAAUACGCCAAGGGAUGGGUGCACUAUUUCGAGCAAAUGCUCGGCAUGGAGACAGAUACAUCCGAGCUAUUAAAUGAGAUGAUUACUUCUGUCCGCUCGUUUGGACGAAUUGGCGUGACGGGAAUUUAUGCCGGAUACACUAACCAUUUUAACAUUGGUGCUCUGAUGGAGACCGGUGUUCGGCUCAUCGGGAACGGCCAAGCUCCAGUACACAAAUACUGGAAGAAUCUCAUGGAUCUCAUCCAAAAGAAUGAGAUCAAUCCUCUUGACAUGGUCACUCACCGGCUACGACUUGAGGAUAUCGAAAAGGUUUAUCCUGCAUUUGAAAAACGUCAAGAAGGAAUGCAAAAGAUUUUCCUUCAAACGAAGUACUCGAGCUCACCUGCACCUGAUGCCCCUGCACUGAGUACGAUAUGA